CUUCCCUAUUGAAAUACUGAUUUUGUAGUGUAUGGUAUGCCCAUUAGAUAAUUUGACACCUCGGCCCUUUAAACGGCAGUAGACUCGCCCUUUAGCACGGCUGAUAUUCCAUGUGGGACGUAAAGCAGGGAUGAAAGGCUGUAUGUGUCGACUUCGCAGCAGCAGAACUCGUACAUCACAAAAAUGGUGUAACCUUUCAACUUUGAACUAAUUUGAGGAACCACGCGUCCUUCGUUGUUUGUGAUUCACAAAAAGGGAGAUUAGAGAAAAUUCAGCGAGAGGUACCAUGGCCGAGAAUACGUGGACACGCUACCGAUGUGCGCUGAUCCUAUCAGGCUUAUUCCUGAUUGGUGCAUUGGCAGUCAUUUUGGCUGUGGCUCUUAGUGUGAUAGCCAAUCAGAUUGACGAUACCCAUGAAGGCGUGGUUCAAAGAGUGUUGGAUGAAUAUCCUCUGAUAGACGGGCACAACGAUUUUCCAUGGGCGGUUCGCCAAGCUGCUAAAAACAAAGUCUAUUCCUUUGAUUUUAACGACGAUCUAGGACAGUUAUGGACAGAUUUCAACAUAACCGAUCCCUCGUUUGAUUGGAUGCCUUCCUCCACAAAUAUUCCCAAGCUUCGCCAGGGCAAAAUCGGGGCACAGUUCUGGUCGAUAUUUGUUGCUUGUUCGUCGUCUGGAAAGGACGCCGUACGGAUGGGUUUAGACCAGAUAGACGUCGUUUAUAAGGUUGUCCGUCGUUACUCCGACGUCUUUGAGCUCGUCAAGACGGCCGACGGAUUAAUGGACGCAUUCCGAAGGAACAAAAUCGCUAGCGGUAUAGGCAUUGAAGGAGGUCACAUGAUCGGGAAUACUCUCGGGGUUCUUCGUAUGCUCUAUGAGUUAGGAGCUCGUUACAUGACCUUGACCCACAGCUGUGAUACCGACUGGGCAGACAGCUACAUUGUGGACAUCAAUGAAACAUCGACAAGAGGACUAUCCGACUUUGGAAAGAUCGUUGUCAAGGAGAUGAACCGACUUGGUAUGAUGGUAGAUUUAUCACACGCGUCAUACCAGACUACAGUUGAUGCUAUAAUGACGUCAGAGGCACCCGUUAUCUUCAGUCACUCCAACGUGUACGCCCUCUGUAAUCACAAAAGAAACGUACAUGAUGACGUCCUUGACAUGACGAAGGAGAACGGAGGGAUAGUUAUGGUUAAUUUUUACAAUGCCUACCUCAAUUGUGAACCAGACCAACAACACAACACAACGAUUGAUACAGUAGCCGAUCACAUCGAUUACAUCAAGAAUAGACUCGGAGAGGACUUUAUAGGAAUUGGUUCAGACUUCGAUGGUGUCAAUCCGCUACCGAUUGGUCUGGAAGAUGUGUCAAAAUAUCCUGACUUGCUUUUGGAGCUCCGAAAAAGGGGUUGGACAGAAGUGGCACUGCGGAAGUUAAUCGGGGAAAACUUCAUCAGAGUGUUUAAGGCAGUUGAAAGGGUGCGAGAUCAAUUAAAGGACCAACAACCUUAUGAAGACGUCAUUGACAGAGACGAAAUCCACGUGAAAGAGUGCACAACAAACAUUUAGAAUGGACACUUCAUCGCACUAUCAUAACUACUAUCGGAAUCACGAAAAGACAAUCUAUGGAUAUUAAUCGUAAUCAUGUAAAGAGGAAAUUGUUUUUGGAAAAGUACCACUGAAAAUGUUUGAUGUAGCAAACAUUUCAGUUCUCGCUGGUAUCAACCAGAAGUGUGACAAUUAUAAAAUUAUGAAAUUCACAGUGAGUCUUGUAAUAUCGAGAUGUUUUAAUUUGAGUGUAUGCGGAUUACGAUAUUAAACAUGAAACCAAUCAGAAGUAUAAAAUGUUGGUCACAUCUCAGAGGAGAUUUGUGAUAUAUUGAAAUAUCUGGAAUCGAUGAAUUGAAGAAUGAGUAUAUAAGAAACUUAAGAACACUAUUGAUUAAGAGUGACUAAGAACAAAAACGGGUUAGUAUAGCGAUAUGUUAUACGGCAGGGUCACUAAUUGCUCAAUAUAGAUUAGUGUAUUGUAUAUGUUUUACUGGAUUUUACUUAAUGAUAUGUAAACGUGUAUAUGUAUAUUGUAUAUUCGUGUAUGUAAUUGUGUACUUCAUAUAUAUUCAUGUACUAACAUUUUUAGAUGUCUAAUUUUCCCGGUGUGAACUUUUUUGUUUAGUUUGUGAAAUCAUAAUUCCAAUGGAACAGGGGUUAAAUUUUGUAACGGUUCUUUACGGACUGCUCCAUUUAAUUUAUGACAGAACAAAAUGAAGGAUAAACGUUAUUGAUAUUGACACAUGAAAUUAACAAUGAUACACGUUAUUAAAAUUGAUACAUGCUAUUGAAAUUAGUAUUGUCACAUGCUAUUGAUAUUGAUACACUUUACUGAUAUUGUUACACGUUAUUGAAAUUAAUAUUGAUAAACGUUAUUAAUAUUGAUACACGUUAUUAAUAUUGAUUCACGUUAUUA